UCUCUCUCUUUAUAGAGAGCCAUCUGGUGAAAGAGCGAAAAACCACCAAACGGCUAUAAUUGACGUUUCUAGUUUUCAGAGAGAGAGAGAGAGAGGCAGAGGGAGAGACCGAGAGAGAAUGAGAUAAACUUUAAGAUUCGUUGGAUUUUGCUGGGAUUGCCUUGCCGUCUUUCUCUUUGAAAUUGUGUCCUUUGGUUCGUCGAGGGAUCGAUCUGGGUCUCAACGAUCUGAAUUUACUUGCAGAGAAAUAGAGGGAGACGCAGAGACAGAGGACGAAUUGGGCAUUUUCCUUCUUGGUUCUACAUACUCUAUAUAACCAUGUCAGAUGGGUAUUAUAGUUCUAAGAAGACCGACGAUAUCUGCGAAGGCGUUUGUGGCCAGCGGGGAACUCGUGCAGAGCUGAUUAUGUCAAGACUCCGAUGUAUUCUGCGAGGGUUGGACCUGAGGACCUAUAUGAUUUUGUUUAUGAUUGUCCCCAUAUGCAUCUUUGGUGUAUAUUUGCAUGGGCAGAAGAUCUCUUACUUUCUAAGACCAAUAUGGGAAUCACCUCCGAAGCCCUUCCACAAUGUCCCUCACUAUUAUAAUGAGAAUGUAUCAAUGGAGACUCUUUGCAAACUUCAUGGGUGGGGAAUUCGUGAAUCACCAAGACGAGUCUAUGAUGCAGUGCUUUUCAGUAAUGAGCUUGACAUCCUUACAAUCCGAUGGAAUGAAUUGCAUCCGUAUGUGACACAGUUUGUUCUUCUCGAAUCAAACUCAACAUUCACAGGCUUGCCUAAGCCAUUGCUCUUCGCGAGCAACCGUGACCAUUUCAAGUUUAUUGAACGUCGGCUGACUUAUGGGACGAUUGGAGGAAGAUUCAAGAAAGGCGAAAAUCCAUUUGUUGAAGAGGCAUAUCAGAGAUUAGCACUGGAUCGGCUCUUGAAAAUUGCAGGCAUAGAAGAUGAUGAUUUGUUGAUAAUGUCUGAUGUUGAUGAGAUUCCAAGUGCCCACACAAUUAAUCUCUUGAGAUGGUGUGAUGACAUUCCACCUGUCCUUCACCUUCGCCUGAGGAACUACUUGUAUUCUUUUGAGUUUUUUAUUGACAACAAGAGCUGGAGAGCUUCGGCCCAUAGGUACAAAACUGGAAAGACUAGAUAUGCACAUUAUCGACAAACCGAUGACAUCUUGACAGAUGCGGGGUGGCACUGUAGCUUUUGCUUUCGCCAUAUCAGCGAAUUUGUGUUUAAGAUGAGGGCUUACAGUCAUACCGAUCGGGUCAGGUUUUCUCAUUACCUGAACCAUGAAAGAAUUCAGGAUGUAAUAUGCAAAGGGGCUAACCUGUUUGACAUGAUCCCCGAGGAGUACACAUUUAAGGAGAUUAUUGGAAAGAUGGGACCUAUUCCUCAUUCUUAUUCAGCAGUUCACUUUCCAGCGUAUUUGUUGAACAAUGCUGAGAAGUACAAAUAUCUGUUGCCUGGUAACUGCCAAAGAGAAAGUGGCUGAGUAUUGACAAAUGAGGUGUCUUUUGCAAAAGAUUGGAGAUACAGAUUGUGCACUUCACUUAAUAGGGUUCAAUUUGAUAAUUGAUGGUUUUUGUGAAGCAGCGAUACUAGUAUACAUUAAAUCUAACAAAGUGUAGGUCACUGUCUACAGAGAUUAAAGAAAUAACUUGCUGGUCCUUGGAAUCUGAUGGGGAAACUCUCUAUAUCCUCUUUUUAGGGAGUUGGUUUAUUCCGAUAUGGAGGCAUUCCAAUUUUCCAAGUAGGAAGCUCGCUGCGAGGAGAAUAUCUGUAUGGUUAUGGAAGGCUUGAGUACCAUUUCUUGUUGCUGUGGCACGAUCCCCAUAUUGCAUAGCAGUUGAAUAACAUUUCCUGGACUUUCCAAUGCUGGGAAUUAGGCUUUCUUAGAUUCAUAUACUCUUAUCACAACUUGGGUUGUCUACUCCUGAUAUGUAUCAUCUGAUUAUUGUUGGAUCUUCCGUUGAUCAUAUUACUGAUUUAUGCCACAGACCUUAAGUUAAUAGUUCAUAGUUAAAUUUCAAUUUUUCCUCUGCUUUUUUCUUC